UUUAACUUUACAGUCUACCAUACGCAGUGCAAUGUUUAAGCAUGAUCUGGUGCCUAUUUCGCUUCCGUUCCUAUCUGUAGGUCAAACUUAUUGUUGUAACUUUUACCGGUUCCGCUUGAGAUGCGUAUCAUGGAAAUGAUGUCAAGCAGCAGGCCACUUGAAUGCAUUGUGUGCGAUGUUAGAUUGGAAAGAAUGAUAAAAUUCGAAACGAACUGAAAAAAAACUAGAAUCAUGAGAAAAAAGAGAGAGAGAGAGAGUAACUAGAAAACUAAGAAAUUAGUGAAAGCGAAUGUUCUUGUUUCACUCGGCCCUGCAGUGAACAGAAUCUUGGAAUGUCUACAAGUGAUGGUUGAACGAAAAUAGUGUUUUGCAAAAGCACGAGUUUAGCGAGCGAGAGGUUAUAGAUACAGAAAUGGGGAGUGGUGUAAUCUUUUUUUGUUUCCUAGUAAUAUGAAAACAAUCGUGAUGUAAUUGAUGAGAGAUAACGAAAUGAUACACAUACGAAACAAAGAUUAUCGAAUGAUCGAAUUGCUGGAAGGAAGAAGCUGAAGAGAGACAGUGCGAAAUUGGUUGAACAGCUAACAAAAAUUAGCCCCAGGAAAGCUUACACGCAUAUGUAACCCAUAAAACCCAUUGAACCAAAACGGCAUAAAACAUCCUUUGUAUAACCACUAACUUACGGUAGACGUGCUCGCUCCAACAGCACAAUCCCCUCAAAAUAACCCAGCGUGGCUGCUUUCAUAUUUACUUUGCAUCUCUUUUGUAUGUGACACUCCUGUCUAGCACAUCUGUCCAAUGUGUGCGAUACCGGUGCGGAGAACUGCCGAGAAACAGUCAUUAUAAUGCAAUAGUGUAGCACCGCCGCAAGCAGUAGCUAAUCGGGCAUGCGCAAAGUAUUCCACAUACACAAUACACCGGCCAAAGUCAGGAAUCACGCUUGGUGGGCGUGUGGUUCGAUAGCACAAUAGACUUUUAACAGGUUCUUUCAAGCAGCACUUACAGUGUGCUAGUCUCUAGGAGUCAGAUAGUCUAACGUUAGAGUUUCUGUUUUCGUUUUAUUUUUACUAAACCAAUGUGACUCCGAUGGCAGGUGGAUUGGUGUUUUUUUUAUAUGAUGUCCUGGGCAAAAUGCUGCUGUAUUUUAGUUGUUGCGUUUUUUUGGUGAUCUUUAAAACCGUGAAUAAGGUAGCUUUUCGACGUUGAUUCGACAGUGGAAAUAUAUUAUUAUACGUAUAUACAUACAUAUACAUAUAUA